AUGACAUUCUUUGAAUCACUCAAGUUUGUUGGAUCGACUUUAUCCUGGACUUUGAGAGCAGGAUGCAUAGCACACUUGAUACAUGAAAAUGUCUAUGAAUUCACUGAAACUCGAGGUGAAUCAAUGUUGCCAACAUUACAGAACCAACACGACUAUGUUCAUGCGUUGAAAAAAUAUAAAUAUGGGAGAAAUUUGGAAAUGGGUGAUUGCAUUGUAGCAAUCAAGCCUAGCGACCCUAGUCAUAGAAUCUGUAAACGGAUCACGGGGAUGCCGGGGGAUAUGAUUCUAGUAGACCCAUCCAGUUCAUCUGAACUAACCAAUACCCCGAAUGAAAUAGUACAACAUGAUGGAUAUAAUAAGUAUAUUCGAAUACCAGAAGGUCAUGUAUGGUGUACGGGUGAUAAUUUAUGUCACUCGUUGGAUUCACGUUCCUAUGGUGUGGUACCCAUGGGGCUUAUUACUGGAAAAAUUGUAGCUGCUAAUUCCAUGAGCGAAGGAAUAUCCACAUUAUACAACUUCCGAUGGAUAACAAAUACUUUACAAGAUGAGUGA